CGCAAAUAUACAAUUCAGCAUCUUUUUUUUAAUUCAUGCCACGUACCGAUAGAAAUUGGUUAUUACAUAUACAGGCUAGAAGCACCCAUGCAGUGAAUUGAGUGUGCUUUUGUGUCGAGUCGCCACCCUGCAAUAUACAGCACCAUGGCCUCACUUCUCCGCCAAAUCGUCGCUGGACCGAGGCUCCAACACCCCGAAACAGGCCUGGACCUCUGCUACGUGACCGAUUCCCUUAUUGCUACAUCUGGCCCUUCAUCAACAUACCCGCAACGCGCAUACCGAAACCCCACCGACGCCCUAGUGCGUUUCCUCGACUUGAAGCAUGGCGCGGACUGGGCGAUAUGGGAGUUCCGCGCUGAAGGAACUGGGUACCCGGACUCCGAAGUCUAUGGACGAAUCCACCAUUUCCCAUUCCCAGACCACCAUCCGCCGCCGUUUGCCCUAAUCCCACCGAUUAUGGCGAGUAUGCGGAAUUGGCUUGCGGGGGAUGCUGACAAGACAAAAGAAAAGAGGCAGCAGGAUGGAUCGUCGAAGGGGACGGGGAGGGUCGCUGUUGUUCAUUGCAAGGCUGGGAAGGGGAGGAGUGGGACGGUGUCGUGUAGUUAUCUGAUUAGCCAGGAGGGAUGGAAGAUGGAGGAUGCGAUGCAGCGGUUUACGGAGCGGAGGAUGAGGGUUGGGUUUGGGGAGGGGGUUAGUAUAGCGAGUCAGGUAAGGUGGAUUGGGUAUGUGAAUAGGUGGACGAAUAAGAUGAGGAAAGUAUACGUGGAGCGGCCGGUGGAGAUUUUGGAGGUUCAUGUUUGGGGUCUGAGGGAUGGUGUGAAGAUUGCCGUUGAAGGGUUUGUCGAAGAGGGGAGGAGGAUUAAAUGUUUUCAUCUUUUCAAAAAGAAGGAGCGGAUUAUUAUUGAUAAGGGGAGUAGCGAUAACUCUCCUGACCGGCGAGAUGAAAACCAUGUCGCUGGCAAAGGUUCAAUCCGACAGGGCGUCCCGCCGUUAUCUUCAUCUAUACACCAAUCUGUGCGAGAAACAGAAACUGUCACUUCGCCGGCACCAGGGAGCCCCAAAGAGGAAACGACGCCGAUAUCAGCUGCCAUCCUGCGUCCACAGAAACCAGUGAUUGUGCCGACAUCGGAUGUGAAUAUUGACCUUGAGCGCCGCAGCAAAGCGGCAUAUACAGGCUGGGCAAUGGUUACGUCGAUUGCCCAUGUAUGGUUCAACGCCUACUUUGAAGGCGGCGACGAGCAUGAAUCUGGAGUCUUUGAGUGCGAAUGGGACAAGCUCGAUGGCAUCAAGGGUACCACGAGGAAAGGAACAAGGGCGCUGGAGCGGCUCAAAGUCGUUUGGCGGUACGCUUCCAAGGAUCAACUAGAAGGUAAACCGCGACAACAAGGGGAACACCAAGAGAUUCAAAGUCAAGUCAUAAAGCUACCAGAACCAGGAGAACCGGUGCAUGAAUCUCACGCCGCAGACUGGAGGGGCGAUAAUUUCGUUCGAGAGAAUGAUGCCGAUGAGCAAGACUUCGAGCAAACCGGCGUCGGGAAUCCAACUAGCGCGCCAGGUUCACAUAUUGAGACGAAAGGCUUGAAAGGCGCAAACCACCCGCUGCCCACGGAGGUUACUAUUGCCGCUGCGACGGCGGUUAGUUCUGCAGCGCACAAAGUUGCGCAUCUAGGCAAAGAGCUAGGGCUGCGACAACAGACGGAUGCGAGUAACGAUGUGAGUUUGGCGAGCAGCGUGGAGGAUUUGACGCAGAGUCAAAAGCAGGAAAAGCGAGAGAAAGCCAAAGCGGAAAGGGCAAAGCUGGAUUCGAACGAGUACGAGGGUGGAAGUGAUAUGGAGGGAGUCCGGUCAUAUUACGGCAAUGGAAACGGAGAUUCGAAAGACUGAAGCUUUUACAUGGUUAUAGAUAUGGAAAUCCUUGGAUGUGUGAAUAUCAGACAAUAUUAUUAAUACAACAUUGAAUUCACGAAUGACUCGAAUAGACUCGAAGUAGAAGGCCGCACCAUGCAAUGGGUGCUGGUUGUUCAGUCUCGUGCGGUAGCUUGUCAAAAUUGAAAAAGUUGCCACCUCCCUAUAGUCCACCAUAGUAAACACUCUCUCAGGUAGCUGGUAGUCGGG